UGAAAACAGAAUCUCACAGAUCCUAAGCACAAGGCUACACCGGCUCGCUGUGUCCAGAGUCUCCUGUCGCAGACAACGUGUGUGGCCGCCCUGACAAAUGCGAUGCCUUCGUGUAACCGUGUUCUGGCGUAACAACCAUCCAGAGCCUUUUUCGCUGUAAUCUUACUACGCCACGCCCGGACGCCCUGUGUAGAAACGGGCCAAGCAGGAUCCGCCAACGCCGUGUCUUGUCCAACCGCCUCCAUGGGGACCCGGAUCCAGUGAGACACUAGUACUGCACUACCCUUGCUCAUAGUACUAGACCUGCACUUUUUUGACACGGUAGGUGAGCACCGCGAGUACAUAUAGAGACCCCGGGCGCCCCCCAGAAGUGGAGUUUGGUUGUGCACCACAAGACCUUUGCAGCUCUCCCAACACCAUCAGUCAUCAUGGUUGCUGAGAAGAACACCGCCACCGGCCUCGAGGCCACUGACCCUACCCUCCGCUCCGACAACGAGAAGUCUGCCGCCGUCUACAACGACUCCUCUGACGCCAGUUCCAACGGUGUCGGCGAGUACGAUGAUCUUCCUGAUCCAGAUGCUGGCAAGAGCGACGAGGAGCGAGCCAAACUUGACCGAGCUCUUGUCUGGAAGAUGGACAAAUGGCUGAUUCCAUGGCUGUCUCUCCUCUACCUGUUGUCGUUCCUGGACCGCACAAACAUUGGCAACGCCCGUGUUGCGAAGAUGGAGCCCGACCUGCACAUGGGUGGCCGUGACUACAACAACGCCCUUACCAUCUUUUUCAUCUCCUACGCUGGUUUCGAGCCGCUCACCAACAUCCUGAUCAAGAGGUGGUCCCCCCGCGUCUUUUUCACCGCUAUCAUCCUCGCCUGGGGAGUUAUCAUGACUCUCAUGGGUGUUGUCCACAACAAGGCCGGUCUUCUUGCCUGCCGUUGGUUCCUCGGUAUCGCUGAGGCUGGUCUCUUCCCGGGCGUUAACUAUUACCUCUCUUGUUGGUACAAGCGCCAGGAGCUCGGUCUUCGCGCCGCUCUCUUCUUCUCCGCCGCCGCUCUUGCUGGAUCCUUCGGUGGUCUCCUCGCUGCUGCCAUUACCAGAAUGCACGGUCUCGGUGGCUACCAGGGAUGGCGUUGGAUCUUCAUCAUUGAGGGUCUAAUGACCGUUAUUGUCGGUUGCGUUUGCUGGUGGAUGACCUUCGACUUCCCGGACACCGCCUCUUUCCUCACCGCAGAUGAGAAGCUUCGUGCACUUCGCCGUCUCCGCUCUGAUGGCCAGUCUCGUGCCACCGUUGGCCACAUCGAUCGCCGCCACGUCUACGCCGCGCUCACAGACUGGAAGACCUGGGGUUACGCCGUCAUCUACAUGGGCUGCUUGUGUCCUCUGUACUGCUUCUCGCUCUUCCUUCCCACCAUCCUCCUCGGUAUGGGCUACACCGGUACCAAGGCCCAGCUGAUGUCCGUUCCUCCCUACGCCGUCGCUGCUGCCAUGACCGUCGUCGUCGGUUUCAUUGGUGACCGCACCAAGCUCCGCGGAUACUGCAAUAUGGUCAUCUCGCUCAUCGGCUGCAUCGGUUUCGCCAUGCUUCUCGCCACCAACAACGUGCACGUUCAGUACGCCGGUACCUUCCUUGGCGCCGUCGGUAUCUACCCUACUGUCUCCAACACUCUGACAUGGGCGUCCAACAAUGUCGAAGGCUCGCUCAAGCGUGGUGUCAUGGUCGGUGUUGUCGUUGGCUGGGGUAACAUGAACGGUGUCGUCUCGUCGAACAUCUACUCCCAGAAGGAGAAGCCCAGGUACUGGACCGGCCACGGUAUCGUGCUCGCCUAUCAGUUCCUCUUCCUCUUCGGUGGAACCGUCUUCAUGCACUUCAUGCUCAAGCGCGAGAACAGGCUCCGCAAGGAGGGCAAGCGCGAUCACUGGAUGCACAACAAGACUCAGGAGGAGAUCGAGAUUAUGGGUGACAAUCGCCCCGACUUCUUCUACACCACUUAAGGGUGUGUGUUAGGGGUCACUUUGUUCAUCGGUUAUGAUUCGAAUUAUGUCUUGUUCCUGGAGUGGAACAGACGAAUCAUUUGUGUGCGCAUCGUUCUAUGAGAUAUGAUUAUUAAAAAUACAUGUUUAUAC